GUGGGAUCGUCCGAGCGCAGCCGCAGACACCGGUCCGGUACUCGGUGCUGCUGACCUCUCCCUGUCCGCUUCUGGAUAUGAGAUGUGUUCUCUCUCUCUGAGCUUGGCCUUGAUUUAAUACGGCGUCGGACAAUAGUGCAGUGGACGCAGCGGAGAUCCUAACAGAGCAUGUCCACCAUGGUUUAUCCACAUGAAGAGAGACGAGAGAAGCCGACGCAGGAGGAUAUCAUCUCCAGCACUAAACUGGUGAUCCAGGGUCUGGAAGCUCUCAAGAGCGAGCACAACUCCAUCCUGCAGAGUCUGGUGGAGACCAUCCAGUGCUUAAAGAAAGAUGAGGAGGCCAGUUUGGUUCAUGAGAAGUCCAGUCUGCUGCGCAAGUCUGUGGAGAUGAUUGAGCUGGGCCUGGGGGAAGCACAGGUGAUGAUGGCCCUGUCCAACCACCUGAACGCAGUGGAGUCCGAGAAGCAGAAGAUGCGUGCUCAGGUGCGACGGCUCUGUCAGGAGAACCAGUGGCUGAGAGAUGAGCUAGCCAACACCCAGCAGAAGCUGCAGAAGAGCGAACAGAGCGUGGCACAGCUGGAGGAGGAGAAGAAACAUCUGGAGUUCAUGAACCAGCUCAAGAAAUAUGAUGAUGGCGUCUCUCCAGAGGAAGAGAAAAAUAGUGAGACUCCCAGAGAUGGCCUGGACGAUUUGUUUCCCAAUGAUGAAGACGACCAGGUCUCACACCGGCACAACAGUGCCGCGCUUGCUGCCGCUCAGCAGGGAGGGUACGAGAUCCCAGCGCGCCUCAGGACCCUCCAUAACCUGGUGAUCCAGUACGCCGCUCAGGGACGCUACGAGGUGGCCGUGCCUCUCUGCAAACAGGCUCUGGAGGACCUGGAGAAAACCUCUGGACAUGACCACCCCGAUGUGGCCACCAUGCUCAACAUCCUGGCUCUGGUCUACAGGGACCAGAAUAAAUACAAGGAAGCUGCUCAUCUCCUUAAUGACGCCCUGUCAAUCAGAGAAAAGACCCUGGGCAAUGACCACCCAGCUGUGGCAGCCACCCUCAACAACCUGGCGGUGCUGUACGGAAAGAGAGGAAGAUACAAGGAAGCAGAACCACUGUGCAAGAGAGCCUUGGAGAUCAGAGAGAAGGUGUUGGGGCGGGAGCACCCAGACGUGGCCAAGCAGCUCAAUAAUCUGGCUCUGCUCUGUCAGAAUCAGGCCAAGUAUGACGAGGUGGAGUAUUAUUACUGCAGGGCUCUAGACAUCUACGAGAAAAAACUGGGACCCGACGACCCCAAUGUGGCCAAGACCAAAAACAACCUGGCCUCAUGCUAUCUGAAACAGGGCAAGUACAAGGAAGCUGAGAUCCUGUAUAAAGAGAUCCUGACGCGCGCCCACGAGAAAGAGUUUGGAUCUAUAGAUGCUGAGAAUAAACCCAUCUGGAUGCACGCUGAGGAAAGACAAGAGAGCAAAGGAAAGUUGGCAGAUGGGAAUCAUCAUGGGGAUUACGGCGGCUGGUACAAGGCCUGCAAGGUCAACAGCCCCACGGUGAACACCACGCUGAAGAACCUGGGCGCUCUGUACCGUAAGCAGGGGAAAAUAGAGGCGGCUGAGACCCUCGAGGAGUGUGCCAUGAGGUCCCGAAGACAGGGAGCGGCAGUGGAUCCUCAGAGAGAUGGAGAGAGGCGCAGGAGCACUGCAUCGAUCUCCAGCGUAAAGUACGACUGCAGCAGUGACGUUGGAGAAGAGGGCAGUGUGGAGUGGAAUGGGGACGGGUCUCUCAGGAGAAGCGGCUCUUUCGGGAAGCUCAGGGAGGUCCUGCGCAGGAGCAGCGAGAUGCUGGUGAAGAAGAUCCAAGGAACCAUGCCACCAGAGCCUCGCAACACAAACAUGAAGAGAGCCGCGUCCCUCGGCUACCUGAACACUAACGGAGAUGAGGACGACUCUUUCCAGGGUUCUGGAGCGGCGAGGACGUUGAGAAACAGCAGGCCUCUGAGCUCAAGCACAGUGGAGCUGUACAAAAGCACAGAGCAGUGAAACCGCAUGCAUGUUCGGACUCAGAUCUCACUCCGUUUGCAGGCUUUGGUUCAUGUGAUUUCAAUCAUAAACGCUUUUGGCUUCACACACUCAUAUAAAUCAUGCAUGCUUCUUUUUCUACAAGGAAUAGUUCGUCCAGAAAUGAAAACUCGUUACUUUUUCAUUAUCAUGUGGACCACAAAAAACACAUUUCACUAACAGCUCUUUUUCCGUAAAAUGAAAGUGAAUGGAAAUGGUUGGCGUCAAACUUCAAAAACAACAGAAAGAUUCAUAAAUCUAACUUACUUGUGCACUAAAGUCUCUUCCUAAGUCUUACUGUACAGACCAAAAUAUGGAAGCUGGUUUCCACCAGGGAUUGAAUAAAUGAAUAAAAAAAGGGUAAUUGCAAUCCAAUUCUUCCAGUUCUGAGAAUACAAAAUCAGAAAUGUAAGAUAAAAAUGCAUAAUUACAUUAUUAAAAACAACCCUGAACUGUAAGAUGUUUAUAUGCAGCUUUUGCAACUUUUUUUUCAAACAAAUCUUAGAUUAUAUCUCACAAUUAUGAGAAAAAAGACAGAAUUGCAUUGUUGAAUUGAUCAGAAUUGCAGGAUAAAAAAAAAAGAAAGAAAAACACAACAACAGUAUUGUCAGAUGUAACUUCAGAAUUACAACAAGAAAAAAAAAAUCUUAUUUAUCCAUGGCAGGGGGAAAAUAAUUUGGAAAUUUAAGAUGUAGCCUAAACGUCCAGAGUUUGCAAAAAAAGAAAAAUCUCACUAAUCUUAGUUUAUAUUUGCCAAUUAUGAGAAAAAUAGUCAGAAUUGCAAGUUGCAGAUUCAGAAUUGUGAGAAACGUCGGAAUUUCCAGAUAAAAUGUAUCAUGCUACAUUUAGAAUUCCAAGAUAAAGUCAAAAUUCCAAGAUAAAAGUCACAAUUAACAUCGGCAAAACAAGAACCACAACAACCUGAUUCGUGAGAUGUAAAUCAGAUCUGGAUUGUGUAAUGAGUGAUUGUCAUCCCCAGUGGGAGCGAGCAGAAUCCACCUGGCUCUUUCUCUCAGGUAUUAAAUAUCCUUUUGACACAUAUUUAGCAGUGAAAUCUGACCUCGGAGCACGAGCAUUGUUCAGCGCUCAAGAGAGGUGUUGUGUUCCUCCUGACCUGAUUCAGGUUUAGUCCCGUCGCUCAUUCAUUAUGGGAGGAAUAUGUCCUGAUUUAAAGGAAGAGCCUCUGUGAGUUUCUCUAACUGUGUCUGAUCUAGUUUUUUUUUUUACUCUGUUCAACCAUCUGGUCUUUUAUUUUUCAUUGCAAAGGUUUAAUUUGUAAUAAAUAUGGAAUCUGUAUAUAUGGGAUUUGAAUAUAUGUAAUUGACAUGUAUUGGUUUGAUAUAUGUACGACACUAAAUGAGCUUUCCAGUCCACAUGUGUUAUUGAACAUCCUGUCUCACUGGCGAAGAGGAACGGGUUUAUAUUAAAACACUAGUUCUGCUAA